CUUUCUUUUCUUCUGUUCAAGGUUAUGUGGCCAAGAUUGGUAGCUAGUAAGGUCAUAAAGAGAUUGGGGAGCACAAAUUUUGUGGCAGAUUUUCCAAGUGAUAAUUCAGAAUAUUUAUUAGAAAUUCCCCCUCAUUUUGAUAAAAGAUCCGUAAGUUCUGAUGAUAUUAUUUUCAAUCACGAUCUUCAAGAAACUCAAAACUACAGGGUUUUCGUUAAUACAUGGAAUGUUGGAGGAGUUGUACCGACUGAUGACUUCAAUGUAGAUGAUCUGCUUAACACGUGUCACACCUCAUCAUGUGACAUCUACGUUUUCGGGUUUCAAGAAGUAGUGCCACUAAGAGCAACAAACGUUCUUGGAUCAGAAAGUGGAAGAAUUUUAGCAAAAUGGAAUUGUUUAAUAAGAGAAGCUUUGAACAAGAAAGGAAAGGAAAAUAAUAUUGGAAAUAAUGGGAAAUUAUUUCCACAAGAAUUUAAUUGUAUUAUUAGUAAACAAAUGGUUGGAAUAUUGAUUUCAGUUUGGGUUAGAAAUGAUUUACAAUCAUUUAUUAAAAACCCUAGUGUUUCUUGUGUUGGAUGUGGUAUCAUGGGUUGCUUAGGGAACAAGGGUGCAGUAUCAGUUAGAUUUCAAUUACAUCAAACAAGUUUAUGCUUUGUGUGUAGCCAUUUAGCUUCUGGUGGUAGAGAAGGAGAUGAGAAAAAUAGAAAUUCAAAUGUUGGUGAAAUAUUUUCAAGAGCAACUUUUCCUAAAGGCCCUUCACUUCAAUUGCCAACAAAGAUUCUUGAUCAUGACCGUGUGAUAUUUCUUGGAGAUUUGAAUUACAGAAUUUCUUUACCAGAAUCAACUACAAGAUUAUUAGUGGAAAAAGGAGAAUGGAAUGCACUCUUGGAAAAAGACCAGUUGAGGAUGGAGCUCAUGGAUGGACAAGUAUUUGAAGGUUGGCAAGAAGGGAUAAUCAAUUUUGCUCCUACAUACAAAUAUUAUCCAAAUUCAAGUGAAUACUAUGGUAGAUCAGAGGUCAAAAGAGGAGAAAAGAAACGUUCUCCUGCAUGGUGUGAUAGAAUAAUUUGGUAUGGAGAAGGGUUAAAGCAACAAUUAUAUGAUAGAGGUGAAUCAAAAUUAUCAGAUCAUAGACCAGUGAAGGCAAUUUUCAGCACACAAAUUAGAGUUUCAAAAAAGUUGAAGAAAUUACAAACUUUCUUUUUAUCAGAAAGAUUUGAGAAAAUCACAAGCCACUUAGAGGAUGCACUCACCAAAAGAUGAUCAUGGUGAUUUUCCUUAUGUAAUUGUUGAUUGAGUCCCCA